UGAUCUGUCGGAGCAGAAGCCAGUUUCUUUGACCCAAAAUUGGUGUCAAAAUCAAGGGAUUAAGUGAAAACGGUGUUAUAAUUUCUUUUCCGACACACCAAAGAACAUUUUUGUGGCCUGUAGUAAUGGCUCUGUCUAGCUAGUGAUACCUUUCGAUCGUCUUAGCUGAGUUCUCCCUUCCACCGGGAGACCAGUUGAAAGAACGGCUCGAUCGGUUCGGCUUUUAUUUUAGAGCCGUCUAAACCUUCAUUUCAUAUCUCCCCGAAACAUCAUGGACUUGAUGUUACACGAAUGGGACUACGAUGUUGAUAGGUUUUCAUUCGAGGAUAGCGAUCGAUUCGAAGAAGAUUCCUUAUGUUCUUGGCUAAGUGAACCUGAAAGUCUUUGCAACAACUGGCGAGGUUGGAAAAGGCAAAAUGGUGGUCAGACUAAUCUUACCAGUCGUUCACAGGAUAAGGUUACACCAUUAGUGGAAUUGUCUGCUUUGGCAGUGGCAUGUAACAUCCCAUUUGAAGUGGUAGAACAUUACCCCCAACCAAUUCCAGAAUGGCUGCAGUUACGGAUAGCUUUUUGGAGUUUCCCAGAAAACGAAGAAGAUAUAAGACUCUAUUCCUGUUUAUCAAAUGGAAGUGCAGAUGAAUUCACCAAGGGAGACCAUCUAUAUAAAAGUAAAGCUGUAAAAGAAGUUAUACAAAUAGGUUUUCAUCUGAGUGCCACUAUUGUACCACCACAAACAUUAAAUCAAGCUCAGGGAAAUAAAGGUUAUAAUGUGGCAGUUGUAUUUGAUAGACGUAGAAUAACAUCAUGUAAUUGUAGCUGUAAUAGUUCAGCUUAUUGGUGUUCUCAUGUUGUUGCUGUCUGUCUGUAUAGAAUUCACCAGGCUAAUUCUGUAUGUCUACGAGCUCCUGUAUCCGAGUCCUUGUCUAGACUACACAGAGAUCAGUUACAGAAGUUUGCCCAGUAUCUAAUCAGUGCUCUACCACAACAGAUAUUACCAACAGCUCAGAAAUUAUUAGAUGAAUUGUUAUCAUCUCAAGAAACAGCCAUUAAUACAGUUUAUGGUGCACCAGAUCCUACAGCUGGCCCACCUGCUAGUGAACAGACAUCAUGGUCACUUGAUGAAUCAACACUUCAUGAAAAUAUAAAAAAAACUCUAGUCAAAUUUUGCGUACCAGCUCCAAUGGUUUUCAGUGAUGUAAACUAUUUGUCCGCUAGUGCCCCACCUGCUGCUGCUGAAUGGCAGAGUUUAUUACGCCCAUUACGUGGUCGUGAGCCAGAGGGCAUGUGGAAUUUAUUGUCUAUAGUAAGAGAGAUGUUUAGACGCCAUGACAGUAAUUCAGUACCAUUACUAGAAAUAGUAACUGAUGAAGUACUACAAUGUGAGCAGAUUUUGAUCUGGUGGUUUGCAACAAAGUCAUCUGCUCCAAACAACAGUGCAGUAGUUCAUAUUACAAGAAGUGGAAAUAGUUCAGCUAAUGCUACCCAGCAUGCAGCUGCUAGUUUAUGUGAAGAGAUAGUGACUCUAUGGAGAUUGGGUGCAUUAAAUCCUAAACUCUCACCCAUUCAAAGAGAUGAUCUAUGCACUAAAUUUAAAGACUGGCACAUGUGUACCAUAGAAAAAGUGAGGAAGGCUAGAAGCUCUAGCUCCAGUGGUAGUGGCAAUGUUAAAAAGAACGAUAUCGAAAACUUCCCUGGUUUUAAACCUGCUAUUGAAGCUUGUUAUUUAACAUGGGAAGAUUACCCUAUUCGAGGUGUGACGUAUUCGGAUAAGGAAGGGGCACGCUGGGUUUAUCACUUUAGCUGUAAAGGUUCUGAUAAAACCUCCAGGGUACAACCGAUGACCAUCUGCUCAAGGGACAUUAUCAGCACAGAUAACUCUACACAUGUUGCUCAUACUAAACGAUCUCAGGAACAGCGCUCUCGGGUUAGACAUGACAGUACUGUACAUAUCAAUGAAGUGGAUGGAGCUAUCAGUUCAGGAUCGGAAGGAUUUUGUGAACCCGACAGACAUUUUCGUGAUUCAGAUUCUAGUUAUGAUAAUAAAGGAUUACAUUCUAGAAGUAAUUCUUUGGAUGAAGCCGAGAGUAAUGCUGUAUUUGAGAAUGGGGGAUUAGAUAACGGGGAAGAUCAAGUUGAAAUACAAGGAGACGAUGUAAAUAAUGUAAAUAGUGUAAAUGAUCUCAUAGAAGAAAUUGAUGGAGCCUUAGGAGCCAUUGCAGACAUACAAUUAGCAGAAGCUAGUCAAGCUCUACCUAGUGGGGCUAAUAACACAGAACAUUCUACCUCAGAGUCACAACAGUCAGGUGAUGAGUAUCAAAUGUACUUUUAUGACACUAAAGCCAAAGUAGUUGAAACCAAGAAAAAGAAUGAUGAGCCAAAUUAUUUUUUUGGAAUAAAGAAGUUUGAAGAUAUACAAGAUACAUCGAAAGGUGUUUAUAAUCAGAAGAUUCUGUUUGCUAGAGCUGAAGCUUUACAUGCUCAUGGUCAUACUAAAGAUGCUUGUAAACUAGCUAAACAGUUAGCAGAAGAAAUGUUAGCUAAUCCACCAGAUCUAUUAGCAGAAUCAGCUAAUGUACCUACACCAAAAUCCAAGAAGAAGAAAGCUUUGAAUAACAUCAGUAUGUUAGCUAGUGCUACAUUAGCUAAAGCUGCCUUUCUGGUUAGUGUAUUGUCUGAAGACCAAGAAUGUCAUCAUCUUGCCUUUCAAGUAGGAAUGUUUGGUUUAGAUUUACCUAGACCACCUGCUUCAUGUAAACCGUUAGAGGUAAAAUUAGCUUAUCAAGAAUCUGAGUUGUUACAAAUGUUAAAGAAGAUACCUCUAGGUGUAGAUGAAUUAGAUAUAUUGAGAGCUAGAGCCCAAGAAUUAGUAGAUGGUAAAAUAACAGCUAGAGGAGAAGCAUUAUUACCACUACAUUUAGCAACAUUUAUCUUUGAUUCUCUAUGUCUAACAGCUCGGGGUGCCCCUGAUGAGAAACUUGGAUUUGAAGCUGCUGUCACUGCCCUAGGUUUGAAAGCUAAUGUAUCAGAAGCAGAACAUCCGUUAUUAUGUGAAAGUACCAGAAGACAAAGAGGAGAGUUGGCGAUGGCCAUGUUAAUUCAAUAUAAAGAUGAUCAAGUUAGACUUAGCAAGAUAAUGGAUAAAUUACUUGAUAAAGAAGUACAUCAACAGUAUAAAGCACCUAGUUUAGUAACCUACCUAGUUAACCGGCCUUCUGCUAGUCAACAUACAACAACAUCUAGUCCUAAUAACUCUACCAUAACACGAGAAACACAUGUUACCCCCUCCCCUCAACCAUCUACAUCACAACGAUCUAAUAUAGACACCUUAUUUGUACCAGAGAGAAAUCGUAUGGCAACCUCUAGUAAUGGGGAAGAUAAUGAAGGAACAGGACCAGUUAAUGUGGAUGGUUUACCUCCCCAUUCUUUACCAUUACCCACUGGUGGUGCCAGACCUAAAACAACUUAUACUCUUACUGGUAGAUAUAACAGUGGUAAGGAUACAGAUAGUUCAGCUCUAGAAGAAGAAGAUGAUAUUAAAGCAUUAGAUGCUAAAAUAAGAUGUCUGGGUAUGAAGAAAAAACCAUCACAAGGUAUGGCUAGUAUUGAUAGUAGUGCACCAGAAACUACAUCUAGUGACAACUCCCCUACUAUGAUACGUAGAAACUUUGGUAAACAUCAAGGUCCUGGUAGUGAUAGUGGUAGUAGUGGAGAAAGUGAUUCACUUGGAUCUUCUAGUUCUGGAGAUAAAGGUGGAAGAGGAAUUGUCCGAGAUAAUGAAAGUCCUCCAAGUCCGUUUGUAAAUAGAAAUCUACCACCUCAUAUAGUUGUUGAUUCUAGAAGCUCUACUCCUAAUGUUAAGGGUUUGAGGUUUAAAGGUAAAAAUCGUAUCAUGCCAACUGUACCAAACCAACCAUCUGAAGCUUCAGCACAUUUUAUGUUUGAAUUGGCCAAAACUGUUUUAACAAAAGCAGGCGGUAAUAGUUCUACGUCUCUGUUCACACAACCAACCAGUAACAGUAAUCCACCAGGUCCUCAUCGUAAUCUACAUAUCUGUGCAUUCCAAAUUGGUUUAUAUGCUCUAGGACUCAGUAACUGUGUAUCACCAAAUUGGUUGUCUCGAACCUACUCGUCACAUGUGUCAUGGAUAACAGGUCAAGCUAUGGAUAUUGGAAGUGUUGCUAUUAGAAUUCUAAUAGAUACAUGGGAAGGUCAUCUUACGCCACCUGAAGUUGCGUCUUUGGCAGACAGAGCCUCUCGAGGUCGUGAUCCUAAUAUGGUGAAGGCUGCUGCAGAACUGGCCUUAUCUUGUCUACCACAUGCCCAUGCUCUGAAUCCUACAGAAGUCAGUAGAGCUUUAUUCCAAUGUAAAGAACAGAGUAGAGAGAUGUUGGAGAGAGCUUGUCUAGCUGUAGAAACUGCUGCUAAAGGUGGAGGUGUCUUCCCUGAAGUCUUGUUUGACGUAGCUAAACAUUGGUAUAAAGUAUCUGAGGAUGUGGCUCAGAGUACAGAUGUUAGCGAAACCAACAAUCAUUUACUUCAACAAGCUGAAUUAGAUAAUAACGUUGGUGGUACUGCUGUCAUACAACCACCAUUAUGUAAUACGCCUGACAGAAAUAGUCCAGCAACUCAUCACGUUUUACCAUACUGUGAAGCUCCACCACAAAAUCAAGUUCCUGUUUCUGCUAGUCCUCAACUCCUUCCACAACCCAACGGUCAGAUGGCUCCCCAGACUGUUGUUCUUCCUUAUCCGAUCUCUCAGGCUGGACCCCAUCAUCCCCAGCUACCUCAUUCAUAUGUACCACCAUAUAGUUACAUGCAACAAGUGCCUGCUGCCUUCACCCACCAGUAUACACAACAUCAUUUACCCAUACACAGUAUCCAUCCUGCGUACAUGGCCCCGUAUGCCUUCCAGAAUCCAACCCAGUUUGUCAAUAUGCAAAGCCUUCCUGCCCAUGCUACAGUAUAUCACACAUCACCUGUACGACCUAUGGGCCCAACAGUACAGGUAUAUCAGGCAGGACCCGGUUGUCAGGUUAACACUGUACAGAAUCUAACUAGUACUUCAACUGGACAUUUACACUCCAUCCAUUGUCCAGUUGAUACUACAUCCGCGGCUGGUAAUACUACAAACACUGGUAUGAUACAAGCUGCUAGUAAUCAACAAUUGCAUGCUCAUUCUCUUUCACAAAAUCCAGUCCAACUGAAUUAUGUGAUGGCUGCGUUUAGAGUUGGUAUGUCGGCUAUGGAGAUGUUGGCUAGAAGAGUACAUGAUGAUCGUCCACAAACCAAAUAUGCUAGAAAUCCCCCGUAUGGUGAAGAUGUCAAAUGGCUUCUCAGCAUUGCCAUGAAACUAGGAACAUAUUAUAUUCAACAGUUUUGUGCAAGUGCAGUAAAUGCUGUAGUCAGUCCUCAUAUAUUGUAUGAUUUGGCAAUGGAAGCUGCUAGAUUUAUGGCUAAACAUAACAACACUUCACAUCCUACCAACCCAACUCAUGUAUCUAACCAGUUACGCUCCAACAUUCUAAAUUCUCUCUUCCAGAAAUGUUUACAAAUGUUUAUGCAAUGUGCCCAUCAGAGGAUACACCAUAUAACUCAAGCUGAUUAUGAUGAAUUUGUUACGAUUGUAUGCAGAGCAAGAAAUGCUUUCUACAUGGCACCAGGGGGAAUGGUACAGUUUCAUGAACUUCUACAGAGUUUACGGCGAUCUAAAUCCUGUCGUAAAGAACUGUGGCAACGUAUUGUAAAUGGCCUUGCAACUGGAACUGUAUGACAAAAAUUAUUGUUAGGUUAAAACUGAUUGUGUGUUCAUAAUCUUAAAAGAACAUAAACAGUGUUUAAAUUAUGUGUAGUUUAUAAAUUAGACCAAAUAUUUUUUCAAAGAAGAGGUAGAAAUAAAAGUGUGUAAAAAAAAUAAAGAAAAAAAAAGCUGAAAUACGUAGGGAGUAAAAAUGUUGAGAAAAAAAAAAAGUAUGAAAACACAUUUGUUAGAUUAAAAUCAUUACGUAAUUAAUUCUUAACAUUUAUCAUUAGUUGUGUAUUCUUUCAUAUAGUCAUCAUUUUUAACUCUUUGUCUAAAGUAUAUGUAAUAGUACUUAAAUGUAUUAAUGCAUGUAUUAACAUUAUCACAUGUAACCAAGUAUAUAGAUAUAUUAAUGUAUUGUCGCAAACCAGUUUUUGGUUGUUGAAGCUUUUUUUUCUUGAAGUUUGAUUCUUGUAUUUUUUUGCCCCAUUUAUGUUAAUUUUCUUUAUGUGUGUAUUUAAUGCUCAUAUUUAUAUACCAUUGUUAAUCAUUUUAUUUGUCAUUAUCCUUUAUUUUGUAUACAACCAUCAGUUUAUUUGUGGUUGAAUGUGUUGAAUUGACAGAAUUGUGUAUUAGGUUUAUUUGAAACAAAAAAAUAUAUUGUCAGAGUCAGAAUUCUUUAAAUUAUUUAUUUUAUAUGUUGCCAUCAAAUCCGAUAAAAAAUCAUUAUAUCUAUAAACACUGUAUCGCCAUCUUUGAAGAGAAAUAGUUUGAGAAAAACAACAAUGAACCAUUGUCAUAUUUUGAUUUUAUUGGAACUUAUGUAAAUAAAUGUACCAAAAAUUAGAUCGGAACCGGAAUAAAUUUAUUCUUUUAUAAAAACACACCAACAAAACAAUCAUAUCAUGAAUCAGGUAAUUUUUAGAAAUUGAUCAUCACUCAUUGUUUUGGACAUUGGUUUUUUUUUUUAAAAAAAAACCAACAAUCAGAAAGUCUGAUCCUGUUAAAAGUAUACAUUUUUAUUAUCCAUCAAUUUAGUCUGCAGUUAAUGGAAGUUACUAUCUUGUACUAAUCCCAAGUUUCGUAACAUAUGUAAGUAGAAAAUAUAUGAAGCAUUACAGCAAUACUCUUUUGGUUUUAAUGCCUUGUAGAUUUGUUAAAUUAAUAUGAAAAUUUCUAACUUUAAUUUGGUCCCUAAAACACCAUAAAUUUUAAAAGGAAUACAAGCUUCUUGUCCAAGACAUGGCGUUAUGAAGAAUGUUGAUAUUUGUUUAGAGAAUGGUGUUCUAGGAAUCAAACCUCAGAACAGAUUUUAUUUUGUAUUUGUACUAGGCAUUUUAAUCAAAGAGAAAGGUGUUUGUUUCAUGCUUUCCCUUAACUACUAUGUUACUAUGUAAAAUCUGGAAUAUAUAAGAAAGUAAUUUCAUGUGUGUGUGAUUUAGACCUGUAAGGAUUUAUUGUUAUUUACAUUAUUUACUUGAAAUUCGUCCUUUUUCUCUUGUUGAAAUAACACCAUCAUCAAAUAAAUGAAUGCAGCGUUU